GAAGAACUGACGUACGUUUCUACGGGGCAACGCGAAGUCUAUUGUCUACGUCUAUGUUAGCCCUGCUGAGCGUCGCGUAUAACGGGCCAACCCGGACUUGGUAUCAUUCGAACACCAAGGAGAGCCUACUGUUGUUUUUUCCCCCCACAAUAUAUUUGCACAGAGAGGCUGUACAAAAAGCGGAGCUUGGCUAGCUUGUCAUAAUUAAAAAGGGCGUUGCUUGAUCAAGUUUGAAAUCAAAUCUUAUGGUUUACACCCUUAGCUUAGGCGGACAGCAUCGGCUGGGCAUCAAUGGAGAUACUUUCAAAAACACCCACAGCAGAAUCCUAUCGGCAUAAGGCACCGCGUUCUUCUCCAGCACCUAGCAGGAUGGUGUCUGACACUUUUUCCCUGUCGUCUUAUAAAACCUAUCCUGCUCAUCGAUAUUCCAUCAACGCUCCUGCACGUCACACGCCCCAAACAUUCACUCAGGAUUCAUAUCGUCCAGCAUCACCCAGCAAAGCUCUUCCAGAGAGCAGCAGUGCAGCGAUCUUAUCUGCCUUGAGGAACCUCCAAGAGAAGAUUAGGAGGCUGGAGUUUGAGAAAGAGCAGGCAGAGUUGAGCCUUUGCACUUUAUUGAAGGACGGACGUCUGCAAAGUGACAGCCCUGCGCAGAGACUCCUCACUGAUGAGGACAUAGAAAGAAAAGCAAGUGAGCAGUCGAACUGUAACCAAGUGCUGAUCACCCACCUUGCUGCUGCAGAGAAUCGUUGUGAGAAGCUGGAAGGACAGUUGGAGCAGAUGAAGAGGAUGUUGCCCAGGACAGAAAGCACCAGCUUGCCCAAUCAGGAGGUGAACUCAGAGGCUUUAACAGAAACACCUGGUACAGGUAGUCAGCAGCCUGAUGGACUGAGCGAGCAUGCUCAGUUGGAAAAGCUGGAAAAACUUGAGCAGGAAUAUCUCAGGCUGACUUGCACACAGAAAAAUGCAGAGAUGAAGAUCUGUGCAUUGGAAAGAAAGAUAAACGAAGAGGAGCACCAGAGAAGGCUCAUUCUGGAUAAAGCCAAUCAGCUACAGACAGGUAUGGAAGCCAACAGAAUGUUGCUGCAGUCCGUUUCUCCACGUUUAUCCAUCAGACAAUUCAAAGAGAAGAAAUCCAGCUCAAAGCAACCUUCUCCAAAAUACACAGAGCCUCAUUACAGACUGAGCCUAAGAGAUAUACCAUUUGUCACUGGAACGUCGGUCGCCUGCAGCCACUCGGUCAGAGCCAACGUUCAGGCAGUCUUGUCCCUCCUGAAACGGCACCAGCCUCAUCUCUGCAACAAACGCGUCCUGUCUCGCGACGCAGAUCACUCUGAAACGAGCAGCCAGUCAGACGCUUCCUCCACGUCGUCGUCCACUUGCGGAGACGAGCUAUCGGAGCUGCUAGAAGCCCUGCAGGACGAGCUGUGCCUCAUCAGUUUGGAGCACGGUGAGUUGAUUAAGCAAAUGGAAGGGAGCGCCUCUGAAGAGGAAAGGGGAGCGCUUCAGAGGGAGCAGGAGAGGCUACUGGUGAGAAUGGAGAGUAAAGAAGAACAGAUCAGUAAGCUCUGCAAGCAUAAAUUACAGAUAAAGAAGUUAAGAAAGAAGGUGAAGUCUGGGAAGAACAGUCGAACUGGAGAAAGACUUGCCACCAGAGGGCGCUCUGAAGCAUCAACUAAAGCUCAGCUAGUUGAGAGAAACAAGAAGAACCUGAUGCUUCUGAAAGAUAUGAGAGCUUUGCAAAACUCUUUACAGAUCUGAAACUCACUACAAUAUAUUCAUAACAUAAUCUGUU